ACUCCCAUGGCUUCUUUUACUCAUCAAUUAAAUACCCUCAACACAAACUGCAAAAAUAUUCUCCCCAAAUUCCACAUUAAUUUGCCCUAAAUUGAAUUUAGGGUUCUUGAUGUGACAAAAAAAAAAUAAAUAAAUAACAUGAGUGGAAAUAUUAGCAAUAGCAAUUCUUCUGUUUCUGCAAAUUCCUCAGCAGCUACAAAAUUCAUCAAAUGUGUGACUGUUGGUGAUGGUGCUGUUGGCAAAACUUGCCUUCUCAUCUCUUACACCAGCAAUACUUUCCCCAGUGAUUAUGUUCCUACAGUGUUUGAUAAUUUCAGUGCCAAUGUUAGUGUUGAUGGGCAGACAGUGAAUCUUGGCUUGUGGGAUACUGCUGGUCAAGAAGAUUAUAACAGGCUAAGGCCAUUGAGUUACCGGGGAGCCGAUGUCUUCCUUCUUGCAUUCUCCCUAAUUAGUAGGCCGAGCUUCGAGAACAUUUCCAAAAAAUGGGUCCCGGAACUGCGACAUUAUGCGCCCUCGGUGCCCAUUGUUCUUGUGGGGACAAAACACGAUCUAAGGGAGGACAAGCAGUUCAAAAAGAAUUAUCCGGGGGCGUGCACUAUUUCCACGGAUCAGGGCGAAGAGCUGAAAAAGCAAAUCGGCGCAGUGGCAUACGUCGAGUGCAGCGCCAAGACGCAGCAGAAUGUAAAGGCAGUGUUCGAUGCAGCGAUAAAGGUUGUUCUCCGGCCGCCGAAGACUAAGAAGCAGAGGAUAAGAUACAGCUCGUGCAAGCUUCUGUAAGAAAAAAAUGCAGCAUCAAUGGUGAUAUAUAUAUAUAUAUAUUUAUAUAUGUAUGUAUGUAUAUGUAUCUAUAUUUAUAUAUAUAUAUAUAUGUAUUUAUGUGGUUGGAUUAAUAUCUGCAUUUUGAGACUAUAGCAAUAUUUAUAGGUGAAGAAGAAUUGUGGUUUGUAUUCGUAUGCUAGCUUUCAUUUUUAUUUUUAUUUAUUUUUACUAUAUAUGUGUGUGUAUUUUUUUAUUAGCAUUAUUU